UGAGCUGUCAUCUGUGCUGGUUGCUACUAACUGUCAAUGGAACUGAUACUAUUGAAGCAGAUUGUUGUAUUUUACAUUCUUGAAGCAAUUAAAUUAUGCAAUCCCUAAAAUAUACUUGCUUGUCUUGAAUUAUACUUAGUUUGUUGGUGGUAAAAUGUCCAGUGCUGAGAGCGGUGUGGGAUGUGUAAGCGAAGUUACUCUCGCAAUUAGUAAAGCAAGAGGUUCCCAACCAGGCACUGUUCGAGUACUUGAUAGUCCUGAUUCUGAUGGUUCAGGUCAUUCAAAUUCUUUCACUGUACAGCGGUUCAAUUAUCCUGAAGGAGAGAAUGAGAAUCUUGAUACAGAGGUUCUUCAAUCGCCGCCCUCAGCCGGUGAUUUAAGAAUACCCAUCGUCGGUUAUGAAGUAAUGGAAGAGAGAGCAAGAUUUACCGUUUAUAAGCUUCGUGUGGAACUAAGAAAUGGCGAUUGCUGGUUCGUCUUUAGGAGAUAUACAGACUUCGUACGCCUCUUAGCUCAACUACGAAGACAAAAAGCUCCAAUCUCCCAUUUAUCUUUACCAAGAAAAAAGUGGCUAGGUGAUAACUUUGCUCCAAGCUUCUUAGAGGAAAGGAUACACGGUCUCCAAGCAUUUGUAAAUGGAAUUUUGAGCUGUUCCGUUCUCACAGGAACAGCUUGUGUUAGAGAAUUCUUUUGCUUGGAUGAACCACCAGCAUUAUCUGAUACUGUUGAAGAAUCUAGAGCAAUUUUCGAGGCUAUGGAAGAUACCAUAUAUCAUCUAAGACAACAAUUAAGAGAGCGGGAUGCUGCUCUUGCAGCAGAAACGACUCAUUCAAAUGAACUUCGAAUUAAACUUCAUCAACUUGUUCAUAAUACGCAGCUGUGUUCAAAGUGCGGUGCACAUAUAUGAUUACUUAUAAUAACAAUUUGUGAGUAAAUUGCAAUCAUAUCGGAAAUUCGCUAGACAAGCGUUACCAAUCUCUAAUACGUUAAAAAUAAUUAAUUUUUGAUAUGAACAUAUUUAAGGUACUAUUUCAUAGAAGAAUAUUUUAUACAAUGUUACAUAUGACUGGCAGCAUUACAUGUUAACUUUCAUUAGAUAUUUUAUCAGAUUAAAAUAAUGUUUACUUCGCUUGUAUACUGAAAUAUUGUAGUGAUAUUUGUUGAAUAUGACUAAUCGUUAUAAAUCAUUGUGAUGAUGAGUUGAUGGAUUUUAGAUACUGGUACAUGUAACAGAUAUGAUGUUCUUAUUGUCAUUGCAACACUGUGUAAAAAAAACUGGGAACAUUGUUGCAAUUGCAAUUAAUAGGACGCAUUGAAUAAUGAAAAGUUGCUAAAAACUUAAUAUAGCAAAUAAUUUUAAACAAAUUUUUGAACGAUCUGUUAAAUAUAUAUUAUUGUACAGGUAAAUAUUGUGUUUCCACACUUUCAUAUUAAGUUCAGAAAGUAAUGAGGAAACGAGUUUUGUAAGGUAGAGCAGAAUUAAAUUGCCACACUGAUAUACUUUUAGGCGAACGAGGCAAAAAUAUUGGUACAAACUUCUUAAUAUGUUAACGGAAUACGAAUACAAAUUGUGUCUUGAAUGAGAAAUGAAAUACUUCAUACUGAAAGUCGUACUAAGAUAUUGAAAUAGCAUUUGUGGUAAUCAGAAGCCGAUAAUACUAAAUAAUUUAUUUCGGUUAAUAGAUGCACACUAUCAUGCUAUUGACACGUGUUAUGAUGAAAAGCAAUAAAUAAAUAUAUAUGACUUCAA